AUGCAAAUCCGAGUGAAGUGUAGCUGUGGAGCAGAGAAAUGUCCAGAAUGGGCAGUAGUUGAAUUACAAGGCACAGUUGAACUUAAUGCUUCAUUUCAAACCCACCUUCAAAAUCUCCAAAUUGGCCAGCUUUGCAGACUUUCCUCUACUUCUCAGGAAAGCUACACUUUCACUGUUGGGUAUCAUGAAUUGACAGGGUCUAAAGUGACCUUGAAGAAGCCAUUGUUGGUUUUGAAGAAAGUUAAAGGCUUUAUGGAUGUGGAUCAGAAUGAUGACAACAACAAGAAGGAUGACUUACCGUCGUCUAAGGUUGAAUUGGAUGUUAUUGGGAUAAUCAGACAUAAGAUUUUGUUUAAGACAAGACCCAAGGCAUUAAUAUCCAAACCACAGCCAUUGGUGAAGGAAAGAACCAGAGCUGCAGUUCAUACUGUUCCAAACUAG